ACCAGAGGAUAGCUCGUUUUUAUAUUUACCGAACACACAUCAGGGCGGCAUCACAGGUUACAUUGUAGGAAACGAUAUCACCCAUAUCGGUGUACGCAGGUGCCUCAAAACAAACGCACCAUGGUUGGAACUCGAUGACCGUUAUUACGUGCCAGAUAUGAUGGUUGUUGUGGUAGCUGUGUACAUAGCCUAGCAUGUUGCUACAGUAAUAUUACCUGAUUUAACUUCAGUUUCACAUCAAUGAAACCGUUAGACUCAGACGAGGAGGACGCGGAGCAGUUGGGUGUUUACCAAAAGGAACUGAGACAGCGGGCCAACCAGAGCAUACAGCAGCUGAGCAGUGCACUGGAGCAUCUGAGCUCUGAUGGAGAAGAGGUGGAGGAGCCCAAAGGCAGCGAUGGCAGCCUCUUCACUGCCAUGGCUGAAGAGGACAAGGCUGCAUGGAGCCAAAAGACACAGAGUGAAGCAGUUAAUCAGCUGAAGAGUCUUCUAUUGAAGCAGUGCAGAGACAUUCCCACUCCGCUCUCUCCUUCAAAGAAACAGUCUCCAGCCAAGAGAGAACAGCAGGAGGGAAGACCCAGUUUACCAGCUUAUCAGGAUUUGGUCCCAAUGAUUCACAACCAGUCAGAGUACAUUCAACACCUGGAGGCUGAGGUCAAAUUUUGCAAGGAGGAGCUGCAGGGGAUGAAACAGCGAGUCAGAGUGGUGGUGGAGGAAAAUGAGAAGUUGUAUUCAGAGCUCAAAUCCAAAGCUGUGGAUGAAACUCUGAGAGAGUACACGAUCCAAAACUCCAUGGUGAAUGAGACUAUGGCAGCCGACAGCCACAGCAUGCUGCAGAGAGCCAAACACACCACAUGGAAACAUGAGCUGGAACAACUGAAAGGGAUCUACCAGGCUCAGAUUGAAAGCUUGGAGGCUCAGGUCAUCUCCCUCAGGAAGGAUCUGUCAGUCAGUCAGAAGGAGUGUGAGGAGGUGAAGGUCCGUCUGAGACACCGGGAGAAGCUGGCUGCAGAUGCACUGAAGGCUAAUGGAGCUCCCCGUGUGGCAGGAUUGUGUCUGAAGUGUGCACAGCACGAAGCUGUGUUGGCUGGGACUCACACUAAUCUGCACGUCCAGGCUAUUGACAGACUCACAAAGGAGCGUGAUGAGUUACUGGGGGCUCUACGCACUGUGCGGGCUAGUCAGCAGGAGGCGCAGCAGAGGGAGUGGUCCGCCUGUCUCCAGGUCAAACAGGCUGUAGAAAUGGCGGAAGAAGCAAACCUGUACAAAGCUCGGGUGGAGGUGCAGUGUGAGCAGCUGUCCAGGGAGCUGGCUCGACAGAGGGAACAACUGGAACGAGAAGCACAGGCCUUGCAAGAGAGACUGGCUGAGGCCAGAGAGGAGGGCCGGGCUGAGGCUCGCAAACAUAGAGAGGAUCUGGCACAAACAGUGUCCAGCCUUUCUCAGAGUGUUGCUGAGUUGGAGGGGCAGCUAGACAGAGCUCACAGAGACAAGAGCUCACUGACCAAUCAGCUGGAAGAUACUCAUCGCAAACUUACCAGUCAGGAACAAGACAAUACCAAGGUGUGCGUGGAUCUGCGAUAUCAGCUCAGCCAGGCCGGGCUGAAGAAAGAGGAGGCAGAGAGAGAGCUCCGAGAGCUCCACACCAAGACCAGCAGACAGAUGGAAAAGGCUGCACAGGAAGUGGAAAGGCUGAGCUCAGAGCUGGUUGGCUGUCGGCAGCAUCUGGAGGCGGUCCAAAAGGACGGGAGCCAAUGGCAGGCCGAAGCCCUGAGCCUAGCAGAACAGCUGGCAAAUGCCCAGCGCCAACUGCACCUCACCAGGCAGGACAGAGAGAGUGCAGAACGGGCUCAUGAGGAGGAAAUGGCGUCAGCGACCCUUUCAGCGCGGGAAAGAGAGAGAGAGCUGGCUGUGCUGCUGGAGCAAACAGAGGCUCAACACCAGCGGAGAGUUGGAGAGUUGGACGGGCUGCUGAGUUCCCAGAAUUCCCUGAUCAGGAAGCUGAAGGAGGAGUGCUGCGCGCUGGGCGUCAGACUGGAGGAGCUGACAGAAAGCAGCAGAGGAGAGCUGGAGCAGCUGGCCCUGGAGAAGCAGCACCUCGAGGAGACAGUAAAGAAUCUGAGAGCUCGCUGCUCUGACAUGGAGGAUCAGUGUGUCCAGCACGGCCGCAUGCACCAGCGCAUGAAAGAAAGGCUGCAGCAGUUGGACCGUCACUGUCAGAGCAGCGCCCAGCAGGUGUGUGAGCUGUUGGCCAAACAGAACCAGCUGAUGCAGGAGAGAAACACACUCACCGAGGAGAUGCAGAGCCUACACAUGGAGCUCCCGAACACGAGACAAGUCAAUACUCUGUCCACAUGAGUCCGUCCAGUCUGGAUCUGAAGUCAGACGUCUCCUGUUGAGAAGAUCAUAUCAAACUGUUAUUUACAGGUUUACAGGUGUGUUCAUCCUUUUUAAAUUAAGGGUCACUGCACACACAAAUGUUUUGUUAUCAGAACUGAUGAUCAGGUUUACAGUUCGUAUUUCACAUUUGGCGACAGACUGUUACUGUGAUAUAUUGAGAGGUUAGAGGUACGAGGACGUUGGG